AUGCCGAGCUGCUGGACCUGUCGCCUGCGGAGAAAAGGAUGCGACGCUCAAAGGCCCGCCUGCGACGUGUGCCGUUUCCUGUUGAUCCCCUGCUACGGCUAUGGGCCGAAGCCGGGCUGGAUGGACGGAGGAGUCCGCGAGAGGGAAAUGGCGGCAGAGAUUCGGAGCGGGGUCAAGUCGACGACGGACAGCCUGCGCCGCUCCCGCGCUCUCCAUGCCCUGCGUCAACGACACCCUCUGACAGCAGCAGCAGCAACAGCAACGGAUGGCUCGUCCACGCUGCUCCUUGCACGCCACCCUGACGAGGGCGCGACGACGGCUUGGGCGUGGCGUCCCACGGACUCAGACGAGCGACUAUUGGAUGAGUAUUUCGACCGCGUCUUCCCUCUACAGUUCCCCUUUUAUGUUGCCUCUGUUCCCGAGAGGGGCCACGGCUGGCUCCGUUCGCUCAUGACAAGAUGUGAACCGCUAUGCUAUGCGGCACUUGCCCUGGCUAUCGUGUAUCGGAAUCCCAGCUCACUCGACAGUGACGCCAUCUCCGGGCGGCCUCGCGAGAUUGAACAGCUGCAACGUCAUUAUGCGUUGGCCGUGACUGGCUUGCGACAACAUAUUGACCGCCUAAGCAAGAAAAGUCUGCAGGAAGGGUUGCGAGACGGGAUUGAAGUGUUUGCCUGCGUUGUCUAUCUGAUCAUGCUUGAAAACUCGAGGGGCCGAUUUGACAACUGGCAGAGGCACAUGGUGGCGUCUCCGGGCGUGUUUCCGUACCUGCAAACCUAUUGCAAUGUUUUCCCAUACAGCGACACGUCUGUCUUGCAGGACGAGGACGAGCAGGUCGAAGCGGCAGCCCGGGAGGCGAGUUCCAUCGACUCCUCCCUGUCACUGGUGGAUCAUGUGGCGAUGGAGUUCUUUAGUGCCGUAUUCCUCUGGUUCGACACUUUGGCCACCGUCUCGACGGGCCGCGGCCCUCAGUUUGCCGACGUCUGCGCGGCGGCCUUUGGCGACCCAGAUAGCAAGGUCCGGUUGCGGAACAUCAUGGGUUGCGAAAACUGGGUGAUGAUCAUCAUCCGGGACGUCGCCGUGUUGGAUGGACGCAGGAGGAACGGACAGGAAGGACAUGACCCCAGGAGGAACGCGGACGACGGCCAGAAAUAUACUGAGCUGAGGGAACGUCUGGAACUAGGCCUCGCCGAACCCUGGGAGAGCUACCUGUCACUUUUGGCAAGGGGAACAACCAGUGACAGCGCAGACGCAGAAAAUCGGCUGAUCCAAGCGACUCCGAUCGUCACCUACAUCUUUGCCUGCGCAGCUAUGGUCUACCUCACCGCGGCUGUUUCUGGGCCUGACCCGCACGUUCCCGAGAUCCGGGACGCCGUGUCGAGAUCACUCGAGAUCUUCAACUCCCUGCCCGACGACGUCCAAAUGCUGCAUAGUAUGCUCUGGCCGUUCUGCAUUACCGGAUGUAUGGCGCUCAAGGACCAAGAGUCGUCCUUUGAAGAUUUGGCAUUGAGGGCCGGCGCCCUGGUCCGACAGGGCGGCCGCAGCCCGGAAACUUGGGAGAGAGCUCUCCAAGUGAUCAAGACAUGCUGGCGACUUCGGAGUGAGGAGGCCCGAAAGGGGAGCCCUUCUUCUGCAGAUUGGUUUACUGCCAUGUCAACAUUGGGCUAUCAAGUCCUCCUUGUAUGA